CAGCCGUUCAGACGGUUCAGACGUGUCCUAGCCGCCGUGCGACGCUCGCGUACCGCUGCGGCCCGCCACCCGUCGUGCGUGUAAACCAAUAAAUAUACAAAACUUACGGAAACAUAAUACAAAGUGACCGCUCUCGAAUAAAUGGAGGAACAGCUGUUUUAGUGACGAGCUCGCAUGUUCGCAGGUGCAUAUUGUGCGUUUACUAUAAACAACUAUUGUUUACGAAUGCCGCGCGAUUUACGUAUAUUAUAAAGGUUAAGUUUGUUGAACUUAAAUUUCGCGGCACGAGCCGGCUUCAUGACGUCACGUGUAGUGCAACACUAAUUAGAUUAGAUACGCUAAGCCAGAGCCAGUAUGUAAUGUUGUCGGAGGGAGAGAACCGCGCCAGUUCAGGAAAAACUGUGUUUAAAAUAAUGUAUAAGUGAAUAACCGAUACUUAUCCUUAUACAUAUCAUUGUGUUAGUGACGCAUAUCAGUAGUAUAAUAAAUUAGUGUGAGUGUAUAAUUAGUGCAACUAUAGUGAAGUGAGUGAAAAUGUCGGAGCGGUUUAAAGUUACGAAGUUUGAGGAGCCUUCGGGGAAAACGUAUAAGAACUAUGGAGCGACGUCGGCGGAGAGCGAUGUGGAGCUGAAGGGAAAGCUGCUUCCCGACUCAGAACAACGUGUUGAGAUUCGAGCUGUAUCGCCUAAAGGCGAAACCGACGAGCAUGGCUUGCCGACGGAGAAGGAUAAAUCGUGCGACACCAACCUGUACCUAUAUCAUGAAGAGUUGGAGGACAGGCCUCGAGCGGCAACGUUCCUCAGCUCGUUGGCGAACUACUCCAACACGAUCCCGACGGCAUCAGCCGCGGACCCUGACGUCAAGCCGGCACCACCAGCUCGGAUGGGCACCCUCAUUGGUGUCUAUCUCCCUUGCAUCCAAAACAUCUUCGGUGUGAUCCUCUUCAUCCGUCUCACGUGGGUCGUUGGAACUGCUGGUGCUAUUCAAGGAUUUCUGAUUGUUCUCGUUUGCUGCUGUACGACAAUGUUAACUGCUAUCUCGAUGUCUGCGAUCGCGACGAAUGGCGUGGUGCCGGCGGGCGGGUCGUACUUCAUGAUAGGGCGCGCGCUGGGCCCCGAGUGCGGCGGCGCGGUCGGCAUGUUGUUCUACACCGGCACCACGCUCGCAGCUGCCAUGUACAUCGUCGGAGCUGUUGAAAUUGUUCUGACGUACAUGGCGCCGUGGAUGUCGAUCUUCGGGGACUUCACGAAGGACCCCGAGGCUAUGUACAACAACUUCCGAGUGUACGGCACCGGGUUACUGCUGAUUAUGGGGAUGGUCGUAUUUGUCGGCGUCAAGUUUGUCAACAAGUUCGCGACCGUCGCCCUGGCCUGUGUGAUCCUGUCCAUCACUGCUGUCUACGUCGGAAUCUUCGUUAAUUUCAACGGAAAUGAUAAGCUGCAAAUGUGUGUGCUGGGUAAACGUCUACUGAAGGACAUUGACAUCAAUAACUGCACGAAGACGGUUGGAGCGCCGCUGCACCAACUGUUUUGCCACAACGAUACCUGCGAUCCUUACUACCUGGCACACAACGUCUCCAUCGUACAAGGCAUCAAGGGAUUGAAAAGCGGAGUUUUCUUCGACAACCUUCAAGACUCGUUCCUUCAACUCGGCCAAUACAUUGCUUACGGCAAGGAACCUGAGGAUAUCGAGCAGAUGGAAAGACCAACUUACAACCAAGUUUAUGCUGAUCUCACUACUACCUUUACCAUCCUCAUCGGAAUCUUCUUCCCCUCCGUAACUGGUAUUAUGGCUGGUUCUAACCGUUCGGGUGACUUGGCUGACGCUCAAAAGAGUAUCCCUAUAGGAACGAUCUGCGCUAUCUUGACCACUUCCACCGUCUACCUGUCCUGCGUACUUCUGUUCGCUGGCACUGUUGACAAUUUGCUUCUCAGAGACAAGUUUGGUCAAUCUAUCGGUGGAAAACUCGUCGUUGCGAACAUGGCGUGGCCGAACCAAUGGGUGAUACUGAUUGGUUCUUUCCUGUCAACCCUGGGAGCUGGUCUGCAAUCCCUCACCGGAGCCCCACGACUGCUACAAGCUAUUGCUAAGGAUGAAAUCAUUCCGUUCUUAGCACCGUUCGCCGUCUCAUCCAGCCGGGGUGAACCAACAAGGGCCCUGCUUCUAACGAUGGUGAUCUGCCAAUGCGGUAUCCUUCUUGGCAACGUCGACAUCUUGGCUCCUCUGCUGUCCAUGUUCUUCCUCAUGUGCUACGGCUUCGUGAACCUUGCCUGCGCUCUGCAGACCCUCCUUAAGACUCCCAACUGGCGACCUCGGUUCAAGUAUUACCACUGGUCUCUCUCGUUAGCUGGACUGACACUUUGUAUCUCCAUCAUGUUCAUGACGUCUUGGUUCUAUGCUCUUAUCGCAAUGGGCAUGGCUGGCCUCAUCUACAAGUACAUUGAAUAUCGCGGAGCUGAGAAAGAGUGGGGUGAUGGUCUCCGUGGUCUGGCCUUAUCAGCUGCUCGGUACUCGCUGCUACGUCUAGAACAAGGACCUCCUCACACUAAGAACUGGCGUCCCCAAGUACUGGUGCUUGCUAAACUGAACAAUGAACUGAUGCCUACCUAUCGGAAGAUGCUUGCUUUUGCCAGUCAACUGAAAGCUGGCAAGGGUUUGACGGUAUGCGUAUCUGUGCUGGGCGGUGACUUCCCUCGACGUGCUGGUGACGCGGCCUCAGCUCGACACAACCUGCGCCGCUGCAUGGAUGAGGAGAAACUAAAGGGCUUCGUCGAUGUCCUCGUAGCACCUGACAUCGCUGAUGGACUUAGCCACCUGGUACAAACGACCGGUUUGGGUGGUUUGAAACCCAACACGGUAAUCGUAGGCUGGCCGUACGGCUGGCGCGCGGCCGAGCGGCCCGAGCCGCGUUGGCAACAUUUCCUACACACGGUGCGCGCUGUCGCCGCCGCACGCAUGGCCAUGCUUGUACCCAAAGGAAUUAAUUUCUUCCCUGACUCCACUGAGAAGGUAUCCGGCAAUAUCGACAUCUGGUGGAUCGUGCACGACGGCGGCAUGUUGAUGUUACUCCCGUUCCUGCUGAAGCAGCACCGCACCUGGAAGAACUGCAAGAUGCGCAUCUUCACCGUCGCGCAGAUGGAGGACAACUCUAUUCAGAUGAAGAAAGACUUGAAGAUGUUCCUCUACCAACUGCGACUUGAGGCUGAAGUGGAAGUUGUGGAAAUGACGGACAGUGACAUAUCCGCGUACACAUACGAGCGAACCCUGAUGAUGGAACAACGUAACCAGAUGCUACGCGAACUGCGACUGAACAAGAAGGAAACCAUGGGCAUGAUGCAAAAUUUCGUGGAUUAUCGUGAAAACGCUGAGGAGAAGUUGCCUUUGGUGCAAGCCAUUGUGGAUCAUCACCACGCUGACGUGAAGACUGCUAGCAAGGUUCGAUUCGCGGAACCUGGUGAUGAAGCACCAACUGAUGCACCAUCACCUCCUCUUGCUGAUACUGAAGACAAAGACAAAGAUGAUAAGUGCGAGGAUGCCAGCCCGCCACCCGACGACAACAAGCACAAGGACCAGCCCGUCAACGGCGACGUCAAGCCCAAGCCCAACCUCUCCGAUAUUACGCCUGACGAAGGCACGGUGCGACGCAUGCACACGGCGGUGAAGCUCAAUGAGGUGAUCGUGUCGCGCUCUCAUGACGCGCAGCUCGUCAUCCUCAACCUGCCCGGCCCGCCCCGCGACACCAACAUCGACCGAGAAUCCAACUACAUGGAGUUCCUGGAGGUGCUGACGGAGGGGCUGGAGAAGGUGCUGAUGGUGCGCGGCGGCGGCCGCGAGGUGAUCACGAUCUACUCGUGAACGCGCGGGAGUGCUUCUCUCCUAACUGUUAGUGCUAUGGUUUGGAACGUUCCGAUCGGUCGGGCUCGAGUCUCGUCGAUCGUAAGACUUAACCCGCGCAUCUCUAAGACUGCCGACACGACCGUCGCGUUCCGGUUCGUUCAUAAAUAUUGUAUGUAUUUUCUUACGAUGAUUGUAUUCGGCGUUCGUUUUACUUGUAAAUGUUAGCUUAAUUCUACGAUACGUUUUGUUGAAUUUGCUGUUUAGAGUGACGUUGUUUUGAAAUUUAUUCACUGUUGUAUAGAUAUUUAUGGAUAUGACGUAUGUAUCUAACGAGAAGCCUUAUCUAUCGGACGUUAGCUCUAAGUUUGUUGUUUUGUUAUUACAUAGACUAGCUAAGAGUUACUUUAAGCACCCGAGUGGUCUCUUGUUUACCAACAUGCCAUAUAGUUUUACUUUACUGUGCCGAUGUGAACAGUUAAGUACUUGUAGAUUAAUUUGUAUCAUUUUGUACGUUAUAUUAUUUUCUAUGGUUGUUAUCACGACGUAGAUAUACUUUGUAAGAGUAUACAUUUCUUGAAAUCAUGAAGAUUUUUAACUAUAUGAAAUUGUAUUUUGUAAAUAUUAUUCUGUUCUAAGGUUUACAUCUGCUCAACUUAUAACUAACCGUGGGACUGACGCAGGAAGUUACCAUUUCCAACUGUCGCUAUCCACACAUACAUAGGUUUCUAUACAUUUUCUUUAGAACAUCAUGUCUAGUCACUUUUUGAUAUUAGUUUUAUCUAAUACAUACACAAUUCGUUAUACCAAAAAAUAAAGAAGUCAUUAAGUGAACUCAACCGGAGAAACCCUCGAGUAUUUAUGAUGAGUAGACAGAACAGCAACAGAACGCGCUGAGGGACACCUAGGUAACUAUUAACUAUUCGUAUUUUAGUAUUAGCGUGAAGAUUUAAUAGUUAAACGCGAUCUCUCGCAAGUAACUUAGAGAAUAACUUGAAAACUUAUUGCGCACAUUCGCGUAGGUAGAUGAUUUCUUACUGUGAUCGUUUAUAUAAAGUUUUAUUGUUUUAGUUUCAUUUAAGUGGUAGCGGUAAUACACAGACUAUCCUGUAGUAGUCAUCGUUCAGCAGAAUGUACAUUCCUUUCACAUAAUAUUUGUAUGUAGUUGCCUUCAAUCGCUCGUGGUAUUGUUUUCGCCGAUUAGGCUGCCUUAAACGACAUGCGUCAUUAAACCAAAUAAAACUAAAACUUUGAAAACGCUUAAAGUUGUCAACAACGGUACGGUGUUAACAUUUCAAAUGUUAUGAUGAGAAUAUUAUAAUUGUCAAAGCUACAUAACUAUUAUUUUCUUGUCGUCGAAAGAAAAGAUGAGUUGUGAAGAGAUGCAAAGCUUUCAAAGAAACAAGUAAACAUUCGUUUUGUUUCGAAAUGAAAUAUUCGCAAGUAAUAUGGCUUAUUUAGGUGUAGCUGUAAAGUUUAUAGAUAUUGUUAUUUAUUCGUUUUGAAUGAAACCAUCUGAUACAGACGACAGCUUGGUACUCAGAUGCGCGCGUACGUAUGAUGAAAACUUGUCAAUUUUGAUUUACCGUUGCACCACUCUAGUUAAGGAACAAUUUCUUAUUCGUAUAAAGAGUGUUAGAUAACUGCCAAAUAGGAAUCGGUGUUGUAAAAUAUCCUAGUCCAUAAGUGAGCUACCAUCUUCUCAAUGAUAACUGUGUUUAUGAACUUUCAUAAAUAUUUACGAAACAUUUACAGUUAUAAACAUUUAAUAAUGUAACUAACAAAAAUUUGUAGACGAUAGUUAGUUAACUCUACUCUCUUUGUUUCACAAAACUAUUUAUGUAUUAAGUUUCCCAUUCGAUUGUUAGCAUUCCUUCGAUGUUCAUAAGGAACUUAACUGUAAAUGUUAUUUUAAAAAAUAUCAAUUACCUUACUAAUGUCCUAAGAUUUUACGAUAGCGUCAACUCGAAUUUUGUAUGAGAGUUGAGAUUUUUAAGAUUUCCUCAAAUAAAAAAUAGUUAAACAUUUUCGUAACUCGUAUUCACAAAUACAAUUAACGUCAUUUAAUGUUCACGCUCUUCGCGUUACGAACAAAGUAGGAAUUAAUUCGAAGGCAUUUAAGUAUUCCUUUUUGUCAUGGUUGUAGAUGCCAUAAUAAUAUAUUAAGUACGUAGAUGUUAGUUAUUCUAUGAAUCGACUGUCGAUUACCCGUCUAUCGAGAUACCAGUGAGCAGUAACUAAACACUCGGUCGCCUAGCAACCGGACGACAGCCCGCGGCCGCCACUCUAUCUACUUACCAAAUUGAAGCAUAGCGAUAUCGUAACAAAAAAUAUAACUCACUUAAUAAGAUUAAGUAUAAAUCAUUCUAAAUUAUAUUAUUAUCUGUAACCCCAUGUUCGACAUCUUUCGUGAUAAUACACCUCUCGUUAUGAUUUCGUGAACGUGGUUAUCACUUAGUGAUUGUACACAGGCGUAAUGAAAUAGUGAUCACAUAUCUUCCUUUCGCAUAGAAAAAAUAUAUCUACAUUAUAAAACUAUUUAUGCCUAUUAAUAGGUAAUGGACGAUAAUUUAUUUAAAAUGAAAUUUAUUGAAUUAUAUAUUGUCUAAAUUAUAAAAAAUAUUAUAUAGAUACCUAUAUAGUAGGUAUUUAUUACAUCUAAGCCAAAUUCUUCAAAUUGGAUUUUAACGAAAUUAUUUGUGUUCUUUAAGAACAUUUUCUUUCGUAGAUUGGCGGUUAUAUUGAACAGCUAAUUCAUACUCAAUGACAAUAGGUAAAGACGUACCUGUAUAGUAAAAGAAAGGCGACGUGGAGCGCGUUGACCGAUGGACGAGCUGACACCUGGGAUACACCUUGGUCUUAGCAUUCGAGCACCACAGGAACGAGUCCACACCGGUGACAAGGUGCUUCGCUCCUACAUACUUAAUCUUACUUGAUAACAACAUUGUAGAUAGUUCAAAUUAUUAAGUAGAACACUAGUUAAUGUUUGAUGCCCACGAUAACGUCAUACAUGUGCCAAACAUCAUUAUUUCAGAGAGUAAAUGACACGGUGGUGAAUCUAUAGCGUAAGUCAUCAUACUUACAUUUUAGACUUACCUAAUACAAAAUAUUCUCUCGAUGAACUCAGUAACGUGUGUCAUGAUUAUAUUAAAAUAGCUUUCGAAGAUACAUUACUUAUGUGUUAGAAAUGUCACGUUUACUAACAUAGUUGUAUUUCAACAACAUGCACACCUACAUAGUAACCUACUCGGAAUAGAUUAAAAAUCGUGUUCGUAAUUUCAGUCGUUACAUUUUAGCUUAAUAAUAAUAAUAAAAAAUCAUUAAAAAUUAUUAGCCGUACAGCCACCAACGUAUUCACAUGCGGCCGUGUUAAUGAAAACACCACUGAAUACGCUUGUGACUGCACUUUACGAGUAUCAAAUAAUUAUUGAUGUAAAACUAUUAAAUUACCUAUUUUAGAUUUUAGGCUGUGAGUCAGCGUAAACACAUUCUUUACAAUUUAAUAUUCAAGCUAGAGUUGCUGUGAUACACCAUUAUGGCUAUAAAAUUAUAGUGUAGUCAUUUCUGGCUAUGAAUAACAAUGGGAGAUAACGUGGAUAACGUUUAACGCCAUAUUCUAUCUGUGAUUUCACUGAUGUGUAGAUGCACCUUUAUCCGCGUAACCUAACACAGCCCUGAGAUAUCAUUCCCCAUCUAUGCCUUGAGUACGACUCGUAGAUAUUCUGCCUCAUAGGUAACCUGUACUAUCUUAUUGCGAAUUACAAACUACAUAAUGAAAUGUAACUAACAAGGCUGUCUCUACUUUGAAGAUAUUUUGAAAAUUGUAUUUUAUAAAGCCUAUGUCUAACAGCCAGAAAUGUAACUAGAUUGUCUAUUAUUGGAUCUACUUGAAAUCUAUUCUUGGUCUUGAAAAUAUAAAGCGAACAAAGAUAGCCUACAUCACGCUAAAUCUCAAGAUAUUGAGCAAUAACGAAAGUAUUUAGAUAGUGAUCGCCGGGCGGUAUGCUAUUUAACUUAUAAAUAUUAUGUAUUUUGAUCUGGAACGAGUUUUUCAUAGAAAAAUAUUUCGAAGUGUAAAAGUU